GGGUAAGCCUGCAUCACGGCCUGCAUUUACGUGUCGGUGUCGCUCACAUGUGUCGGUUGUACCAUUAACAUAUUUUUUCUAUUUAUUACAAAUAUUUAUUGAUUAAAAAACGUUAAAAUGAUUAUUUCUACUAACGAAAAUAAUCCAAACACUUUGAAGUUGAUCAUCGCUGCUAAAUUAGCGAAUGAGACAAUAGACGUGAAGUUUGUUUCGCCGAACGAGACUGUGCUGAAGCGCUUGCCCAUAUUAGAACUUCCAUGUGGCACAAGUUUAUUUAGCUGGAGCGCUGCCCUACAAUACCUAAUUCCAUUGGAGUCGGAGUUUGAAGUUUCUGUGAACAAGUGGCUCGAAUGGGAUGCAACUCAGUUACAACCUGCACUCGUCUCAUACGGAAGCUCUGGAGUUUUGGAUACUUCGCAUAAACCUCGGAUAUGGUCUUUGUUGUCAGAGCUAAAUGCAGCUCUUAAAGCCAAUAAGUACUUAAUUAAGGAUAAGAAUGAAUUGACAUUGGUUGAUAUAUCAAUUUGGUCAAGUCUUUGGUGCACUAUAGCAGUAAGCGCAAUAAAUCAAGAGAUAGCCAAGGAAUUUCCAGUCGUUAUGAAAUGGAUGGAAAACAUCGAAAGCCUACAAGUCAUACAAGAAUCUUUAGCAUGCUUCAAGAUAGAACGAGGUCUUAAAGCAAUUGCCAGUAUACAGGCUGUUUCUUGGUUCCCAAUGAAUUCUUAUACAGGAGGAUCUUUGAAACAAGCAACAUCCAUGGAUCACGCCAGUCCUAUUAAGGAAAAAGAAUAUGAAGCUGUGAGCAGAGAAGAAUUAGAAAAUGCCAAUAAAAAUUGGUCCACUAUCUCAGAAGUAGCUGUGAAGGAACCUUCGUAUCCCGUGUUACCAAAAAAGGGUGAAAGAAAUAUUCUCAUUACAUCAGCUUUGCCCUACGUCAACAACGUUCCUCAUCUGGGGAAUAUCAUUGGUUGCGUUCUGUCUGCCGAUAUUUUCGCAAGGUAUUGUCGGCAAAGAAAUUACAACACGCUCUACGUAAGCGGUACGGACGAGUACGGUACUGCAACGGAGGCAAAAGCGCUCGAGGAGAAGACGACGCCUCAGGAAAUUUGUGACAAGUUCUUCGGUAUACACAACGACAUUUACCGUUGGUUCAGCAUUGGAUUUGAUUACUUUGGUCGAACUACAACUCCAGAACAAACUGAGAUAGUUCAAGCCUUCUUUUUGCGCAUUCAAUCCGAAGGCUAUAUUUUAACAGAAACUAUCGAUCAGCUACUGUGUGAAAAGUGUGAAAGAUUUUUGGCGGAUCGAUUCGUCGAAGGGACGUGUCCACGGUGUAAAUAUGAAGAUGCGAGAGGCGAUCAAUGCGAUGGAUGCGGCCAUCUCGUUAAUGCCACCGAGCUCAUUAUGCCUCGGUGUAAAGUUUGCAAUAACAAACCAGUGAUCAAAGCUUCGACUCAAUUUUUCCUUGAUCUACCUAGGCUGGAACCAAAGUUACGAGAAUGGGCAGCAGGAGUCGAAAAGGGUUGGUCGACGGUGGCAAGAGCAGUGGCAAAACCUUGGUUAAGAGACGGAUUAAAGCCCCGUUGCAUAACCCGAGAUCUAAAAUGGGGAAUUCCUGUUCCUAUAGAUGGUUAUCGUAAAAAAGUUUUUUACGUAUGGUUUGACGCACCACUCGGAUAUAUUAGUAUUACGAAGCGCUACACCAAGGAUUAUGAAUUGUGGUGGAAGCCAACGGAAGCGAAUGUCAGCUUGUAUCAGUUCAUGGCUAAAGACAAUGUGCCGUUUCACGCGAUCAUGUUUCCGGCCUCACUCUUAGCGGCUGAUCAGGGUCACAUUUUAGUCAAGCAUAUUAUGGCUACCGAAUAUCUGAACUACGAAGAUACGAAAUUCUCAAAAUCACGUGGUAUCGGGGUUUUCGGAACGGAUGCUCGGGAGACUGGCAUACCUGCUGAUGUUUGGAGGUUUUAUCUGGCUUACAUAAGGCCCGAGAGUCAGGACUCGAAUUUCAAUUGGGUCGACCUCGCGACCAAAAACAACAGCGAGUUGCUCAACAACUUUGGUAACUUCGUCAACAGAGCCCUGAUGUUCGCAGAAAAAAACUUCGGUAGUGUUGUACCAGCAAUGACGCCACGAGAAGAAGAUCUUACGUUACUGGCUCUAGUACAACGUGAGUUGACACUUUACAUAGCAACUUUGGAGCAAGCCAAGCUUCGCGAUGGCUUAAGAUAUAUGCUGGCUAUUUCGAAACAUGGCAAUCAAUAUAUGCAAUCACAGCAGCCUUGGGUUAAGGUCAAAGGCAGCGAUGAAGACAAGAAAAUCGCAGGGACCGUUAUAGGAAUUUGCGUGAACAUUGCGUGCUUAUUGUCUUCACUCCUUGGACCAUUUAUGCCGAACACAUCGCGCCGAUUACGGAAGCAAUUGGGCCUCGAUGAAGUCAGUUACGGUUACAUACCUGACGUCGUAUCGAUAUCGUUACCAGCAGGUCAUAAAAUCGGGAAACCAUCUCCGUUGUUUACAAAAAUCGAGGACAGUCAAGUUGAAAGUUUGCGAUUGAAAUACGCAGGAAAACAAGACUCUAAUGGAACUGCAGAAAAGUCUAAAGUUGCAGAACCUGCCACCCUCUCUUUAGAUGCCGGAGCCCUCGAAGAUGCUAUUGCAAAGCAGGGGUUACUCGUAAGAGAUCUCAAAGCCAAACAAGACAAAAGCGUUUGGCAGCCGGAGGUGAAAAUUCUAUUGCAGCUGAAGAAGCAAUUGGCUGAUUUGCAGGCUUCUGCGGGUACAUCCCAGAGCUCUCCGGGAAAGCUGCGAUAACAAAACCGUGAUCACACGCUCGUGAACUGAAUUCAAAGGAACCGAAUAAUUUGACAGCCACAGCUUGAAGUAUUGAUUUGAUUGAAGAAAAUGCAACACUAUGACACAUUAGAGGAAGCGUAAAUUUCUUCUGACUUCAUUUUCAAAUCGUUUGGUUAACGGAUUAGUGAAACAUAAAGAGUGUGAUUUUUGUUAGUUUAUCAAUUUUUUCGUAUGAGUGAAACGAAUAAUUACAAAUUUAUGCGAUAGAGACUCCAUAUGUUCUGAGAGAAUGUUGGGAACGUAAUGUACUGCCAAACAAGAAUUCCUUUUCCCUUUUUUACAUUUUUUCAAUGCAAUACCAUACAAUUCGACGGUUGCUCGUAUUGUGACUAGUUUUUCAAAAUCAUAGAGAUUACGUUGUACUGAUUAUGACUCCAGUAUUAUUCAAUACAUGCAAUAAAAUAAAAACUUGUCAUCGCAUGAAAAGAAGAA